CAUUCUGGAGUGAGAUAAUUCAGUGUUAAUAGUGCACUACAGCAUUAAUUGCUGCGAAUCACCUGACAAGAAUCAGCUUCUGACGAAACAAAGACGUCCACGUGAAAACAUCUGACUCUCAGACUGUUUAAGAUCUCAAAGAUCUAAUUUGCUAAAUGUCUUAAAUGAUAAAGUUUCUCCUGGUUUGACAAAAAAUAUUCAGAAAAUGUUUUUGCAAUUCUCCAAAAACUUUUGCAAGAAUGUCAAUUCAACAACUUAUUUUAUCAAAGUGCUGUGCAACCAGAUGCCAGUGAAUAAGAGAUUGUUCAGUUGAAAUGACUGUGUUUUAUGAUGAGAGUGUUUGAGCUCAUCUAAAAUCAAUCCUGUUAUACACAGUGAGACAUUGUGAGGAUAUGCCAAAGUUUGACAGAAUGUAAAGUGUUGAAUAUUUCUGAGUUUCGUGUGAAGCAUUCAAAGCAAAUGAUCUAGAUUUUCAUAAGCAGAGCUGUUUGUUAUGUAGUGUUUUUCUAAGUCUCUUUCGCGCUCUUGAGAGGUUUGAAAGCGCUCCUCAACUGUCAUGUUUAACGGUCAGACAGGAGUUUCGCCGCUUGCAACUGUUUUAAGUUCAUAUAUUACACGGCUAGCCGGAAUGCUUGAUUCUGAUUGGCUAGUCACGACGUUUGCAUGUUCAUUAUUCCCAGAUAACAACCUCUCAAAACUUUCAACAUUUUGACAAGUUUUUCAACUAAUUAAAUGUAAAUAUAUAUUUCGCGUCGGGUCCUGAUCACACUGAAGGGGCUUAUUUCUGCGAUAGCAACCGGCUGGAUGUACGUCCUUACAUAAUGUUGAUUUCAACAUUUUUACAGUUCUUAUUAUAAUUUCUUCACUCCGUGUUUAAGACUUUAAUCUAGACGUUGUUCUCAUUUUUUAAACGUUACAUCAUGUAAAGUACGUAAUAUGACGCCAUGCUGUGCGUCUCAGAGAAGCAACGAACGAGUUCGCUCAAAUAAAAUGGCAAAGCUUGACACAUUCUUAACCUGUAACGUUAUUCGUAUUUAUUUAUUGUUUCACGACGCCAUGCUUUCUAUGCAUUCACGAAUCCUGAUCUGUACAGUUCGUUCUCUAAAAUUAAUUGUUCAUGUUAAAUACUUAAGCCAGUAGGUGGCGAAAAUGAGUCUCUUAUACAAACGACAAGAAAAGUUGAUCUUAAUCCAGUGUGUGGAAUACUGAAUAUGAUUUUAUCAAGUGACUCGCGUGAAGUAUUGUGUGAUUGACAUGUCUUUAGUUCAUAGUGUGUGAGAACCGCUUCCAGAACUUCGUCAGUCUUUAGCGAUUGAUGAUUGGCUCUUUUUGCUGGAAGUUGUUUACCAGAUUGUGCAUCUGGUUACUGUUUUUGAUCUUUAAUAAACUUUUCGUUUGCCUCAUUUAUAUUAAAAUAACGGGCAUCUUGUUUAUAUUUGCUUCAGUCUCGACGCUGUGACGCAGUAUGUUCUCGUAGGUUUUAGCGUUUGAAAUGAUACAGCACAAGAAGAAAGAGCAGAUCACAGCCUUAACACCAGAUGUAGAAGACACGCUGCUGGACUGUGAGAUUGAGCUGAGAACAGAAAUAAAAAAGAACAGACUCCAGAACACUUGAAUCGCAGAAAUAUGCUGAAACGACGGAACCAUUGUUGGCUAACUAUGCUUUUGGGAAACGCACCCCUACCCGAUGAGCUGAAGGAGGAAAGUUCAGAACUGAACGAAAUAGAGGAGAAACACCAUCAUUUUAUAACCGAAGGAGAAUCUCUAAACUGCUUGAAGACUGAGAAUUUCUCACUAGAAAAAUUCCCACGAGUAGCCGACAAAGAUUCUCUUAUGUGCUGUCAGUGUGGAAAGAUCUUCACUCUUAAAUACAGUCUUCAUGUGCACAUGAAGGUUCACACUGGAGAACGCCCUUACUCGCCUCAUGUCUGUUCCGUCUGUGGAAAGGCCUUCGCAUACAUCUCUUAUUUUAAAGAACACGAGAAAGCACACACAGAAGGCCUACAAAAGCACGAGAGACUUCACAAACAAGAGAAAUCAAUCCACUGCAUCUCGUGUGGACGGAGUUUUAAAAAAUCAAGACAACUUAAGACUCACAAGAAGACGUGUGGCAAAGAGAGCAAAGUUAACCAUCAGAGAACUGUUCAGACCAGAAGAUUCCCAACACCUUGUGCAGUAGGUUGAUUGAAAAACUACUGAUUAAGUUUGUCCCUGUUUGACAAAAAUAAUCAGUAUACUGAUUAAGCAGAACAUUUUUGUUGUCAUGUUUAAUCAGCAAUGUUAAUAUUAAAUAUCAAUUCUCAAUUUAAAUCAAUUCGGUGUUUAUAUCAAAGUGCUGUGCAACCUGUCAGUGAAUAAAAGGUUUGUCCAAUUUGGGAUCUUGGAAUGUUGAAGUGUAUUAACUGAUUGUUUUUAGAGGAGCUAAUAUAAUUCACAGUCUGCAUUUUAAAAUCAAUUAUUAAUUAUCGUGCAACUCUAUACAUUACUUUUUUAAACCCGCGUUUUCUGUUGUUUUCCCUGCGCUGAUGGUUCUCUGAGGCACUUUCGCGCUCUGACAAGAUUUAAAUGCGCUCCUCCUACUCAACUGUCAUUAAUAACGGGCAGACAAGUGAAGCAGGACACCGCUGACUGCAGUUUAAGGUUUGUGUUGAAACCAUUUCUAAUCUUUUAAGACUUAAAUCAAGUCGACGGUUAAUCUUUCAUAUCUGUCAAAACUGGUUAAUACUGGAAUAUGAAAUAUUGGAAGUUAUUACUCCUCGAAUACGCGUUCAGUGACGGAUUUGUACAUUUAUUCGAUAUUAAAACGAUAUUAAAAAUAUAAGUUUGAAAUAAAUUUAAAGAGCAUCAAAACGUCGUCCUUAUUUGUUAAUUCGUGAUUGCCUUGAUUUACAGUAAUGUAUACAUAUUCGAAAAUCGAAACAAUAUACACUCUUUUUUUAUCGCGUCGGUUAUUUAUCAAUAGUUAAAUAAACGGAAGAAGUCGCGUACUAAGCAAUAUCGCCUACUGAAGGAAACACAAACAAACACUGUGAAGUGUUUUUUCUAUUUUUAAACGAACGAAUACUGACAGUUUAAUGAUACAGACAGUGCGUGACGCUGUAGUCCAGCAGGAGGCGCUAACGGGCCGCGUGUCAAAGAAAUCCUCCUCAGAAAACAGCACGCGAAGAAAGAGCUGCUCGCAGUAAGUGUUCCGUUUAACCUCAUUUAUGUGAGUCAUACUGGUGUUCGUUUUCUCGUAACUUGAUGUAUUUUUACCGGACGUUGUAUAACCUUGAGAUGAUAUCGAUGUUUUAGUCCACGUUUAACAGAUCGUCUUCUUUCUGUUUGUAAUGAAGAGCUGAAGCAGAAGACAUCAGUGAAGCUGCUGGACCGCGAGAUGGAGCUGAAAACAGAAAUCAUAGAAGAGAAAACAGACGAAGCCGAUUUGAUAUAUUAUGAUCUGAUGAAGGUUAAAGAUGAAAGUUCGGAACCGUAUGAAAUGGAGGAGCGACCUCAUCAUCUCAUAACUGGAGAAGAAUCUCUGAGCUGCUUGAAAACUGAAAAGAAUUUGUCACCAAAUACAUCUGAAAUAGCAACAGACAAAGAAUCUCAUAUCUGUCCUCUGUGUGAAAGGAUCUUCACUCGUAAAUACAACCUUAAUGUGCACAUGAGAUCUCACACCGGAGAAAAACCUUACAAAUGUGAGCAGUGUGGAAAGAGCUUCACUCGGAACCACCGGCUUCAUAAGCACGCGAGAAUUCACGCUGGAGAUGACACUUACAAUUGUGACCAGUGUGGAAAAGCUUUUGCUCAACAGCAGCUUCUUCAUGCGCACAUGAGCAGUCACGUCGAAGAAAAACCAUGCGCGUGCGACCUGUGCGGAAAGAUCUUCACUCGAAAAUAUGAGCAUAAAAUUCACAUGAGAUCUCACACUGGAGAAAAGCCUAACAAAUGCGAGCAGUGCGGGAAGACCUUCUUUCGUAAGUCCGACCUCAACGUGCACGUAAAAGUUCACAGUGGAGAAAAACCUUACAGGUGUCACGAGUGUGGAAGGAACUACGUUCACAAGUUCGAUCUGAAAAUGCACAUGAGAAAUCACAGUGGGGAGAGGCCCUUCAGAUGCGAUCGGUGUGGAAAGACCUUCACUCGAAAGUCAGACUUUAAAGUGCACAUGAGGAUUCACACCGGAGAAAAACCUUACAAAUGUCAUCACUGUGAAAAGACCUUCGCCCAUACGUCCGACCGUAACGCUCACAUGAGAGUUCACACUGGAGAGAAGCCCUACACGUGUCAUGAGUGUGGAAAGAGCUUUUCCUGGGCGGCCAACCUAAAAGAGCAUCUUCUCUGUCAUUCAGCAGUGAAAUCGUUUCAGUGUGCACAGUGCAGUAAAACAUUUGUUUCUGCAAGUAACCUGAAGAAGCACCUGAUGGUUCAUACAGGUGUGAAGCCGUACGUCUGCUCUUUCUGUGGAAAGGACUUUGCGCGGAUCUGCUAUUUCAAAGAACACGAGAAAACACACACGGGUGAGACACCGCACGUGUGCGUCGAGUGUGGCAAAACCUUCAUCACGUAUAGUCAUUUGAAGCGGCACCUCAGACUUCACACUGGAGAGAAACUGUACACGUGCUCUCAGUGUGGAAAGAGUUUCACUCGAGUACAAGCCCUGCGGGGGCACGAGAGACUUCACUCCGAAGAGAAAUAUUACUGCUCUUGUGGACGGAGUUUUAAAGAAUCAAAACGUCUGGAGGUUCACAAGAAAAGGUGUAGUAUAGAGAGUAACGUUCAUCCUCAGGAAACUUUUAGGCCAGAAGAUUCCUGAGAUCAACUACAGUGAUGACAUGAAUUCAGUCGUGUUAAAGGGGUCACAUGACACGGCUAAAUCGAAUGUUAUGGUUUGUUUUAGAUGUAAUGUAAUGUGUAUACAUGAUUUAAAGUUAAAAAAGGCUGUAUUUUCCACAUACCGUGCAUGUUUGUAUCUCCUCUUUGCUCCGCCUCUCUGAAACGUGCAGAUUUUUAACAAAGCUCAUGGCUCUGAAAAGCGAGGUGUGCUCUGAUUGGCCAGUUAACCAGUCUGUAGUAAUUGGUCGAAUACUGCAAGCAUGUGAGGGAAAUGUAACGCCUCUGACCAUAUUUGGAACAUCAAAUUGUACAGACAGGUGAUAAAAUGUCAUCGGUACUUCCGCAUAUAAAUCCGAGCGCGAAUCUGAUCCAGAAAAUGAAGAUGAUCAAGCCGAUUCAUCAACUUUGCCAGCUCGACUUGAGCAGGAUGUAAAGGAUUGCUAGGGUUUUAUUAAACAAAUAUUAUGUUAAUUAGUUCAAAACUAUAUCUAACUGUUUUACCUUUUAUAUACGACGUUAUAAAGACUAUAAACAAUCAACCAUAUACAUCAUACAGAGUUUGUGAGAGAUAGAAACAAGCUCACUUUACAGCAGGGAAUUGUUACAAUAAAUAACGAGACGAGAGCACAUUGGCCCUUCUGAUCAACCAGUGUUACACCACAUCUCGUCUCCACUCAACAAAGACAAUGAACCCAAAAUAAAUACUAAAUAAAAAGACAUUAUAAACAACACAUUUGUUGCCUCUAGUUGGAACAUAAUUACUGAAUAUCAGGACUUAUGUCUUUUUUCACGUUGCGCACGUGUCUGCAUUUGCAGAUCACAAACACACGACAAACAGCGCUAGUCCGUAGCAAAGUCUUUUACAAUGAAAAUAUAUGUUAAAAUGAGAUUUACAAGUACGUCCACCUCACUUGCGCAUACAUUUGGGCGGUCUCAGUCAAGUCAUACCACGAAAUGACUUACAUUCGUGGGGGUGUGGUGACAUGAGGUGUUUCAGGCAGCUCUGGAUGAGCAUUCGCUUUUAGAUAGAAUUCAUCUUUUGUUCGCACACUUUAAUUUGUGCAAUUGUACGUGUCUAGUACAUGCAUGGGCAACUUAUAACACACCAGAGACAGAAAAGCACAUAUUCGCUGCAUAUGACCCCUUUAAUAUUUUAUCAAUGUUUUUGGGUGAUUUCUUCUGUACGUUAAAGGGAUCGGGUUGUUUGUGAAUGAAAGCACAUACACUAUUUAAUGUGUGCGUUUACAUCUGUAAGAUCUGUAUAUAGUUAAGUGCUUGCUCGUCUCUGAAAUGUGACCAAUCAAAUAGACAUCUAGAAGAAUUUUGAUUGAGAAUGUAUGUGAAACAGAUUUUUCUAAGACCUUUUCCAGGUCUUUAGCAGGCAUAUUCAUUCAAACGUGUGUUAUAUAUCAUAUGCAACAACAGUUUGAAUCUAAUAAGAAAAUGCUGGAUGUUGGCAAAUUAUUGUGAAAAACAUAUUUUAUUUUUAACAUGAGUGCUGUUCAAAUAAUUUCCCUCACUCUGUUAACGCUGUUUUCUAUGUUAACGGAUAAACUGCUUUCCAUUCAAUAGUUCAAUUUAAACCCCCCCGGAAGUUGCAGUCGUAUUUUUACGCAUUUCCGAGUGAAAUGGAAUUUUGAAUGAUAAAAAUAUUGGGCGUGGCUUUUGUCUUUCUCUGUGAUUUAAUUGGAUGUAUAAAAACAGCCUUUGCAUUUUGAAAUGAAACUGACAGUUGAGGGGGAGGAGUUAACCCACGGCUCGCUCAAGCCGUCUAACAUACGUCAUCUAUGAAGGAUAGUUAUUAUAGGAUGGAAGUGCAUUUUAGGUUUUAACUGAAGAUCAUGAGGUCAUAUGAUUUUCUAAAAGAGAAUGACCCACAUUGAUAAACUAUUUACAAUGAACGCUGCAAUAUUUCAUGAAAAAAUAGGCAGUGUCAUUUUCUACUUCACUGGGACUUUAAAGUCAGAUCCGAUUAUAAUAGCACGUUGUUGAAAAUGUAAAAAGAAAGUAUUAUUAUUUAUCAAAGUUACAUUUUAAAUCUUAUACCUGAACCGUGUGAAUCAAUGAUUUCUUUUAAAGUUAUCUUUUGUAGCCAAGUUUUGUUAGUCGCUUUGCACCUCCUUGAUCUUUUAAAUCUGUACUCAUGUGGUUGUGGAAAUAAUCUUAAUAAAGAAAAUACAGUCAGA